ACAUCGUACAGACAUCUGUCACAGAUCGAACGAAGUUAAGAUUUUACGUAAUCUUCUUAAGAACGGAAUAGAAAUAAAUUCCUUUAUUUAACCAUAUAAUCCCGAAAGUUACAAAAUGCUUGGUAGAUUGGGAAGAAAACAUGCGGAAAUCGCAGCAAGUUACGUGUCCACAGCAGCAGGAUAUGGAGGUGGAGCUUUCCUCGGUUUGCUGUAUUUCACUGAUUGGAAGGUGUUCGUGACUUACAUCCCUUUUUAUAAAGGCAAAUUUGAAGGACUUGAAAAAGAGGAAUAAUGAAAAUGUCUUGAUUAAGCUUUUGUUAAUUUAAAUAGUAAUUAUAAGUUAUAGUUCA